AUGUUGUUUGUCGAAUGCAAGGGAACACCUUACGAGAUCGGCUUCCAACACGGCCAAGCAGCGGGAGAGCAGAUCAACCGCUGCAUCGCCUUCUACGCGAUCCUGUUUCAGAAAAACUGCAAGCAGACAUGGCCGCAAGUCCUGGACCACGCCUCGCAGUUCGAGCAGCAAGCGAAAGCGAAAUGGCCGGCCUACCACGAGGAAAUGCGCGGCAUAGCCGAUGGCGCAGGGAAAGAGUUGCUGGACAUCGUGGCAAUCAAUGUGCGCACGGAAAUCAACUUCGGGCUGUUCAGCGAUGGCUGUACGGCGCUGGCAUGGCAUACUGAGAGGCGCGCGUGGAUGGGGCAGAAUUGGGAUUGGAUGACGACGCAAAAGCAAAACCUCAUCGUCACCAAAAUCACACAACCAGCCAAACCAACCAUCCUGCAAGUCACAGAAGCUGGCAUCAUAGGAAAAAUCGGAUUCAACAGCGCUGGCGUCGGGACCUUGUUCAACGCGAUCCGCGUCCACGGCGCAGACCCAUCGCGACUCCCCGCGCACUUCGGCCUGCGCAUGGCGUUGGAGAGUGGUUCCGUGGCGGACGCGGUGCAGCGGCUGGAGAGCUACGGCAUGGCGUCGUCAGCGCAUAUUCUGCUUGCUGACACCACGACGUCGCUGGGGUUGGAGUUUACGAAGUCGUCGUUUGCGCAUUGCGAGCCGGAUGCUGCGGGGCGCGUUGUUCAUACGAACCACUUAUUGAAGGAACAUCCGGGGGAGACGGAUACCGUGUGGUUGAAGGACUCGCUCACGAGAGUGGCUACUAUGACAGCGAAUGCGGGCGCGCUGGGUAGGGAGCCGAGCUGGGAGGCGGUUAGUGGGUUGUUUGAGGAUGAGCAGAAUGCGCCUGGAGCGAUUUGUAGGGUUCAGACGGAGGAGACGGGGAGUGCGACGUUGUUUAAUAUCGUUAUGGAUUUGAAGAGCAGGAGGGCUGUGGUAAGGCUGGGGAGGCCAACCGAGGUGGAGGAGACGAUGGAGUUGCAGUUGUGA